CAUUUCCGUUGUGUCCAUGCUAGGAUACUGAGUUAGCCGGAAGUGAUCCCACAAACCGAGACGUCUUCACCUGAAACAGGCUACAACUCUGCUGCUGUUUCUCAUACUCCAGAACUGAACGACGACUUCUACACUUCUUUCAGUGUUAUUUGGGCACGCCUCUAUCUGUGUGUGAUGACUGAGCCGGAGGUGCUGACUGAAGUCCCGGCGGCGCUGAAGCGCUUGGCCAAGCAGGUGGUGCGUGGUUUUUAUGGCCUAGAGCACGCUCUGGCCCUGGACGUGUUGAUCCGCAAUGCCUGUGUGCGUGAGGAGGACAUGCUGGAGCUGCUCAAGUUUGACCGCAAGCAGCUGCGGUCCGUGCUUAACACUCUGAAAGCCGAUAAGUUUGUCAAGUGCCGCAUGCGUGUGGAGACGGCGGCAGAUGGCAAGACCACGCGCCACAAUUACUACUUCAUCAAUUACAGACUGCUGGUAAACGUGGUCAAGUAUAAGCUGGACCACAUGCGGAGACGCAUUGAGACAGACGAACGCGAUUCCACCAACAGAGCGUCGUUUCACUGUCCCAAUUGUUGCAGCACAUUCACUGACCUGGAGGCCAACCAGCUGUUUGACCCAAUGACAGGGACAUUCCGCUGUACGUUCUGCCAGACUGAGGUGGAGGAGGAUGAGUCGGCCGUGCCGAAGAAAGAUGCACGGACACUGGUUGCCCGCUUCAACGAGCAGAUCGAGCCCAUUUACGUGUUGCUACGGGAGACUGAAGAUGUCAACCUGUCACAUGAGCUACUGGAGCCAGAGCCGACAGAAAUCCCUGCUCUGAAACAGAGUCGAGAGCGUGCAGCAGCAGCCGCAGGUCUGUUGGGGGCUGGAGCUGCAGGACGGGAGGUCUGGAGGACGAAGGGCUCAUCAUAUGCAGAUCUUUACACACAGAAUGUAGUGAUCAACAUGGAGGAGCAAGAGAGCCAGCAGGACCGGGCAGCCGAGGCCAAAGCCCCCAAAGAGAGACCGGUGUGGCUGACUCAGAGCACUGUGCAGGGCGCCUACAACGAGAACGAUGCCCUGAAGGCUGCUGGCGAGGACUCCAUGGUAACCCAGGAAAGUGCGGCUGGACGUGGCAAUGUGCAGGAUGAAAACGAGGAAGUGAUGCGUGCUCUCCUCAUCCACGAAAAGAAGAGUGCGCCUGCACCGAUGGGCGGAGCUAUUCACAAGACCCCCAUCGCGGCAGCCAAUGCCAGCGACUCAGAGAGUGACACCAGCGAAUCAGACGAGGACUCUCCGGUCCGAGCCAUCGCUCCUCCAACCAAGCUCGGCAGACCAGAUGGAGACGACGACGAGGAGGGCGACGAGUUUGAGGAGGUGGGAGAUGAUCCAGUUGUGAUGGUAGGAGGAAGAACGUACUCUUACAGGGAAGUGAGCCAGAGGCCAGAGCUGGUGGAGCAGAUGAGCACCCAGGAGAAGGAGGCGUACAUCGAGAUGGGGCAAAACCUCUUUCAGGACAUGUACUUCUGAACAACCUCUGCUCUCGAUAUCCCUCUCGCUUUCUCUCUUUUUCUCUCUUUCUGUUUCUUUGUCCAGUCUGUCUCCUUUAAGAUGUCGUUACCUUUCAAACAUUGACACACACUGUGUGAGGAAUUGUGCAGAAGGUCAGACUCCCACAGUCAGAUGCAGUAUUAUUCUGUUCUACAGGACUCCUGAUGAUAUUUCUUCUUGCUCACAUACACUGGUGCCACUCAGUCAAGGUAUUUUUUGCCUUGAAUUACAGAAUCAAUACACACACACACACACACACACACACACACACAAACAAAGGUGUUUGCUUUUCUGCUUUGGUUUCUAGUCCCACAUUAUCUUGGGCAAAUAGCAGAGAGUUCAGUGUUUAAUAUCUGGAUACAGAGUGACCUUCCAGAAGGCCCAGUUGAUUAAAAACAUCCUCACGCAGGAGGCUCCUAAUGUUGUUGAUUUACCAUUUGAGACAGCAUAAGGAUACAUAUUAGAGAUCUAGAUGCAUAAUGGCACCGUUUCACACAGUUGCAGUACUAGUACUCCAUCACUAUGGAUGACAGACACAUACGUUUCAAAAAAAAAACUGAUGUAACCAGAAUGUCAAGGAUUUUUUUUCUGUAUCAGCAUCUCAUUUAAGUGUUGUCUAAGAUUGUGUUAUGAAGUUACCAGAUGUUAGUUUAUGUGUUGUCUAGUAUCAGCUUACUCCAAGCAUCAGUGAAUAUUGUAGAUCAUUUCUUAAAUUCAGAUAAGGACACACUCCUGUUAGCUGUGACGUGUGAAAGAACAUUUUUUUCUUUGUAUGUUUUUAAUAGUAUGUAGAAUAUUAUAGACUAUUUCAUUUCUGUAUUUAAACUUUCAAGCACAUUAUAUUAUGAUAAAGCUGAUGCUCUCUGAAAAUAAACAUUUCUUAAUGAAAAA